AUGGACGCCAGCUGCGGGCCCUCAAGCGCCCUUUCGCAGCUUUCAAAACACACCCAGCGUGACACCUCUCUCCAGCAUGGAUUGGUGAACAGAAACGAAAAUCAGCAGCACCGACCAGGAUUCAGAAACCAGCCGGGCUUCGACGCCCUGCUCAACCAGGAGUUUCAGAACUUCAGCGGCCGGACCAGCGGAGCACCAGCUUUCCAGGACCAGUUUGCUGGAGCAGGCCCUAUACAUCCACAGCAACACCAGCAGCAUCGUCAACCCAAUCAGAGACAGCAGAACCGGUGGAUCCAGGACUUCAACGGACUUUCUUUGGAGAACAAGCCUAUAAACGCUCAAAGCGGGCAGGGCCAGCAGGGCAAGUCUGAUUGGCACAGACAGUUUAUGAACCAGAUGAACAAUCAGCCCCAGGUUCAGCAAAACAGAGCCAACUACCAAAUGGGCCAGAUGGGCCAGAUGGGCCACAUGAACCAGAUGGGUCAAUACAGGUACCAGGGAAUGCAGAACAUGCAGCCACAGAACGAAAAAGCCCAGGUUGAGGCAGAUCUUGUGGGAGACAGCGAGGCGCUUGAUUCUCAUUUUGACCAGCUCGAGAAGGAGCUAGCGAUGGAGGAGCAGGUGGAUUCUGAGGAGGCGCUGAUUAGCGAAAUCGACAAGGAGCAGUUUGUUCAGGCUGCCAAGGAGGUGCAGAAGUCCAUGAGAGGUGAGAGCAACCAAAGGCUGGAGGAGACCACGCUGAAGUUCGAGGAGCUGAACUUCUUGAAACUCAUGAACAACAUCUCGGACCGUAAAGUGGAAUUGUCCAGAGAGGGCGACAAACUCGUGGAGGCUGCGUCAGGUGAGGAUAUCAGACAACACUUGAGCGAUCCUCUCAAGUACGAGAAGGAUCCCAACUACCACCAGCAAGAACACGAGCCUCUGGUGCAUGGUGGAUAUUCAGGAAUGCUGCUCCGCCCUGAUGCUGUGCCCGAGGCGACCAAGGAAUCGGAAAACGUCCGCAACCAUCUACCAGACCCCUUGGCCCACAUCAAGGAUGGUCUGCUUCCGGACAACUUGAGUGCUUUGCAAGCUGCCAAGAUCAUUUCUGGCGGUCAGGUCAGCGGAAACACAUGGAUGGAGGACGAGUCAUGGCUUGGAGUUCCAGGAGGAAUUAACAGCGGCAACAGUUCUAGUGGGAACAGUAUAAUGGAGCCUCACUGGCAGGAGGUGUACGACGAUUACCGCCACGAUGACGACUACCAUUGA